UUGUUCAUAGAUGUGGCCAAUACAACUGUACGUCACAUUGCUCAAUACCGACCCUACAUUUUAAAGCAUUCGGUUUGUUUAUGGCAGAACUAUCCCAUGAGGAUCCAAUUAAUUAACAUGUUUAACGCCCCGUUAAUCUUCAAUAUUACUGCGAGGAUUUUAAGAUCUUUCAUGACUGAGAAGUUGAAAAACAGAUUCAAUGUCUACUCAGACAGUACGAUGCAUAACUGUUUGAAGGAUAUUCCAGCCAACAUCUUGCCCGUCGAAUGUGGCGGCACUGAUGGUACAAUCCAAGAAUUAACAGAAUACUGGAAGAAACUGAUCGAGGAGAAUCGCGACUCGCUUUUGAAUGAGAACGCCUUGCGAAUGAGGAAAAUGACGAAAUCAUUACAAAACUCUAGAAUCAACAAAAAGUACUAGCUCUUUAAACACAUGUAUAGAUGUACUUAUUAUCGUUAUAUAGCUCAGUCUUACAGGUGGACUUUAAAGGCGGUUACGGGGAUCUUGAAAGGCUCAGCAACGCUAGAGGACGUUUGCUUUUAUAGCGAGCUUGAUUUUCUUUUACCAAAUAUAUGUCGCGCUUUGUUGUGUCCUUUACGGGUGUGUUGUAGGGAAAAUAAAUUUUUUCAGUCUUUCUUU